CACACUAUCACCCUCGCGAAGGUGACCUGGUGAAAACGACGCGCGCACUGAUAUGGCUACAAAACUACCAGAGCUCUCGCCAUCCAGUUAGUAGCGAUCGCGCGUGACGGACCCGGCAGGGGCGACGACCGCGUGACAUCUGAUUGGAUGGUACGUAGCGUAGGGUGUGCAUAGGGCCAUGCAUUGUGCUUGCGGAGUGCUAGACCCUGCUCAGACCUCAAGGACGCCUUUAUAGUCUCUACGCUUGCACUAAGCCUAACGGCACGUUUCCUCUGAAUGUGCGUAGUUCCCGUAACCCGUAACCCCGAACACCAGCACCACCCAAACAAGCUGAUUGGCGUAGCGAUGAUGAGCUCGGCUGGAGAAAUAUUUUGCACCAUGGCUUGCGUGCUGGCGUGCUUGGCAUCCAUGCCGCCGCCUGCAUCCGCUGCCACGGGAGAUGGAGGGAUACUGUAUAUCCCUUCGGCCGCCUCACUAGCUCACUGCCCGUCCAGCUGCGGCGACGUCAACAUCUCCUACCCCUUCGGCAUAGGGGCCGAUUGCUUCCGGCAAGGCUUCGAGCUUACCUGCAACAACAACACUCGACCUCCGAAGCUGUUUCUGGGCAAUAGCACCACUCAGGUCACAUACAUAUAUAGUGACUUAUCAGUUGAGGUCCCUAUGUUCUUUAACAUUACAUUGGGAUCAGGUAUGAACAGCACCUACAAUAUGUCCUGGGAGGCUCCAGCUAAGGGUUUUACUAUCCCGAGUUAUAACGCUUUCUUUGUCCUGGGAUGUGAUUUUGAUGUCAACUUGUUCGAUCAUGUGAGAAAUCCCAUCGGCUCUUGCAUGAGUAGGUGCCACGGCGAGGUAGUGCCUAAUCAAAGGCUUUGCAAUGGGAUCGGUUGUUGUUUCAUCAGUUUACAAAAAAACAUCUUAGGCUUUCAGGCAACAAUUGUUCGGGCAGAUGCUAUGGCAGCACGAUCAGAUUCUAUGCACCCUGACAUCAUGGCUUUCAUGUCGUUUGAAUAUUAUACACAAAACGCAACUGAUCUUUUCUCAAGCUGGACAAAUACAAGCAAGAUUUAUGGCGCUACACUUGAGGUUGCCAUCAUGGACCAGCCAAGCUGCGAAAGUGCGCAAAUGAGCAACGCAAGUUAUGCUUGUGCCACCAACAGCAACUGUAGAAAUGCAUCAUCUUCAUAUGGGGGUUACUACUGCUACUGCUCCGGUUAUUCCGAUCAGGACAAUCCUUACCUUUUGGAAGGAUGCCCGGCAGGUGCGCCCCCCCCCCACCCUCAUGCACACGAACACAUUGCUUUUUCAGCUUUUAACCACUUGUUCUUACGUACUAUCUGUCAAUCUGUUAUAUGUGGUGCAGAUUACAACCCCAGACAUAAAGAACACUGCCCGACGUCAUGUGGAAACAUGAGCGUUCCCUUCCCUUUCGGGCUCGAAGAAGGCUGUUUCGGAAACGAAAGGUUCCGGCUUAAUUGUACAGCAGCAGGUGAAACGCUUUUUAGCAUUGGAUAUGUACAGUAUCACGUGAAUAGUGUGUCAGUAGAAGACGGGACUCUAACGGUUAGCAAUAUGCUAUACAAUUCAAGCUCUGGGAAAGAAGCAAUAAUAGCCAAGAUGGAUCAAAAUGGAGGUAUGGAGAUGAGCGGCCCUGUGGAAGAUGAAUUUGAUUUUUCUAUGGAAUAUGACAUUGUCAUAAAAUGGGCAGUAACCAAUUCAACUUGUCAGAAAGCUGAGCAGAAUAUGAGCAGCUAUGCAUGCCGCAGCUUAAACAGUUUUUGCCAGGACGUGACCCAUGGCUUAAUAUUUAUGGGAUAUCAUUGCAUUUGUUCUUCUGGCUACAAAGGAAACCCAUACAUUCAAGAUGGUUGCCAAGAUAUAAAUGAAUGCUUACUGACAAACAACUGCCAUGGUAUAUGUCAAAACACUCCUGGAAGUUUUAUAUGCACACCAUGCCCUCAUGGUAAAGAAUUUGAUUCCUCAAGGAGGCGGUGUGCUAUAUCAACGAAGCAACGGAAUAUUCUUCUAGGUACUGCAAUUGGAACUGGUUGUGGCCUUGGCUCCAUUGUUAUUGCAUUGGGUGUAAUUAUACUCGCCAAUAAGUGGAAGAAAGGCAUCCAAAAGAGAAUCCGACGAGCAUGCUUCAAGAAAAAUCAAGGUCUGCUAUUGGAGCAACUGAUUUCAGAUGAAAGCGCUACAAGCAAAACAAAGAUAUUCUCAUUGGAGGAACUUGAGGAGGCGACCAACAACUUCGAUGCUACUCGUGUCCUUGGUCGAGGAGGACAUGGCACGGUUUAUAAAGGAAUUCUAUCUGACCAACGUGUGGUGGCCAUAAAAAAAUCUAAAAUAGUGGAACAAAUAGAGAUAGACCAGUUUAUCAAUGAGGUUGCUAUUUUAUCUCAAAUCGUCCAUCGCAAUGUGGUGAAAUUGUUUGGUUGCUGCCUAGAAGAUGAGGUGCCCUUGCUUGUCUAUGAGUUCAUUUCAAAUGGCACUCUUUAUGAACUUCUUCACAGUGACACUACAGUUAAAUGCUUGUUAUCAUGGGAUGACCGCCUUCGGAUUGCAAUGGAAGCAGCAGGGGCACUAGCUUAUCUACACUCGGCUGCUUCAAUACCAAUUUUCCACAGAGACGUGAAGUCUUCCAAUAUACUCUUGGAUGACAACUUCACAACCAAGGUUUCUGAUUUUGGUGCUUCAAGAUCUCUUUCACUUGAUGAAACUCAUGUGGUGACAAUUGUCCAAGGAACAUUCGGUUACUUGGAUCCAGAGUAUUAUCAUACUGGUCAACUAACUGAGAAGAGUGAUGUAUAUAGCUUUGGAGUAAUACUUGUCGAACUUUUGACAAGAAAGAAACCAAUUUUUAUCAAUGAUUUAGGUGCAAAACAAAGCCUUUCCCAUUAUUUCGUUGAAGGACUUCAGGAAGCGUCUCUUGUAGGAAUAUUGGAUUUACAAGUUGUGGAAGAGGCAGACCAGGAAGAGAUUAGUGAAAUUGCAUCACUUACAGAAACAUGUUUAAGGGUCAAAGGAGGGGAGAGACCAACCAUGAAAGAAAUAGAGAUGAGGUUGCAAUUCCUAAGAACAAAAAGGCUGAGAAAAAGACAAUUUUUACAUGAAAAAGAUGGAGAUAUUAUUGAGCCUUUGUUAUGCCCGGAAGCUAAGAACCCAUAUGAACAUAUGAAUAUUGCCAAUGAUACCCAUAUAACUCAUCAAGGGAUGUCCGGGAGCUACAGUUUGGAGCAAGAAUUUGCACCUUCAUUUGGGAUGCCACGCUAACUACAUUUGUGCAAGAUAACCAUCCACCAAGUGCUUGCUUAGGUAUUGAACACAUCUGAGAUACAUAUCUUAUAGUAAAUGAAGGAUCACAUUAUAGUUAGCUUCCUUUAGAUCAGACUAUCACCUAGAUACAUACAUUCCAUGUGUAUGGUCGAUGUAUUGUAUAUCGCGUCUCUUGUACACUUAGCUUUUAUAUUUGUACAGAUGCAUAUAAGUACCACAUAAGUCACUGUAUUAAAGAUAUGGUUGUAUAAGAAAAUGUGGUGGUUGUCAAUGAGUCCAAUAAUAAUUUGAUGUAAAUAGCAAA